AUGGAUACGAAAGUUCAACAACUGUUUAUUGCUCUAGUAUGGAUGACAAAUAAUGUACACAGUUGCUUCUGUCCUAUUUUGCAGCACCCUCAAGAUCAAUUCUGCGAGUCUGACUAUGUUUUCCAUGGCAAAGUUAUCAAUGAGAAACUUGUAGAAGACUUAGAUAAUGAUGUUCACAAUAAUAAGGCGAUUUGGAAAUAUACUUUUAAAGUUAUUUUCAAAAUGAAGGGGAUGAUUGAGGGAGUUGGACAAGAUGCCAUUGUAGAGACAAAAGGAAAUCAAGCCCAGUGUGGUGUCCGCUUUACUGUCGGAAAAUCUCAUAUCUUAAUGGGAGCAAAGAAACCCGAUGGAACGAAAACAAUUGCAUUAUGUGAUUUCAUGACACAGCUCAGCAAUAUGUCACCGUAUCAAACUUUUUACCUGUUUACAAAAGGUGCCUAUUCGUACAGAAAUAACUGUGGAUUCGGAUGUAAAACCAGUCCAACAUCAGUAGGUUGCAAAUAUCAGUCAAAAAAUGAUCCGGUGAACACCUGCCUUGCCAAGGAUGCCCUUUGCAAAAGAGAAGGAUUUCAGUGUCGUUGGAUUAAUAAUGACACGUGUUAA